GCUGAGUGCAACAACGGUCGGCCAAAUGUGCAGAUCGCUCCAACAGAAUUUGCGAACAUCUUACACAGUCAAGACAGCCGAAUUUCCGAACCCCUCUGCCCACGUGACUUCCCAUCUGGUCAAGUCGAGUGUCUGUCGAAUUGCCACGGCGAUGAAGACUGCGAGGGUGGUGAGAAGUGCUGUUUCAACGGCUGUGCUCAGGUGUGCACCGCGCUGAACGCGCAAGGAAGAGCGUGUAGAGUUUUACGGAAGGCAGUGGAUCUGCUACCCUUUGGCACGAUGAUCGAUGGCUAUGUGCCAGAGUGCGACGCUUCCGGUGCUUUCAAAUCGCGCCAGUGUGAUCAGCACCAUUGCUGGUGUGUGGAUCCGGAAGGCAGAGAAAUCCACGGCACAAAGGUUACAGCCAGCCACCCUAUCGACUGCGUCACUCCUCAGCGUCAUGACUGCAGACAUAAUCAGAUAUGCAAUGCCAGCGCUUGUGUUUAUGGUCUGAAGACGGAUGACAAUGGAUGCCCUUUGUCUGGUUGUCCUUGUAGAAACUUAUGCGAUGGUAUCCAAUGUGUAAAUACCUUCGAGACGUGCCAGUCAGUUUCGAAAGACUGCGUUUCCGCAUCGUCCACAAGUUGCUUGAAACGGCAUCUGACCUCUCCUUUAGGUCUGAUCAAUCCUUGUCAAAGUGGACGGCCAGCUAAGCAGCCAAUAAGCGAGGUAGUUAUCUUCUGCGACUCCACCACCGAUUGUGGUGACGAGCAUUGGUGUUUUGAAAUCGGAUAUUUUGGCAAGGGUCUAUGCUGCGAAUUUCCAUCAUGUAUCCAGAUGCAAGAAGCCAUGCGACAGUUCACCUACAGCGAAUACGUACCGAAAUGCGUUGCAAACGGUGACUUUGACUCUGUUCAGUGCAGCACAGAUGGCUUGAAGUGCUGGUGUGUCGAUCAGAUUGGUCACGAAGUCCCUGGUACAAGGAUAUCUGUAUCGACGGGCCAUCCAAACUGCGCAUUUCCUAGGAUUUGCGUGCAAACGUCGUGUGACAUUCCGUUCUGUCCGUAUGGGUUUCAAAUGGACGAUUCUGGCUGUCCAUUGUGUGAAUGCAAAAAUCCUUGCAAGCGUAUGAAAUGCAAACGUAGUUUCGAGGUGUGUGUCAUGGAGAAAAUCAACUGUGGCUCGAAUUCCUGCUCCGGAAUUCCGCGAUGCAUUUUAAACGCAUGUCCUCAGGGAACACCUUUGGUCGAGCCAUCGACAUUUGUAGUUUCUAAAUGCAUGAACGACGAGUCUUGCUUGGCCAUACGAGGCUACUGCAAACUUUAUGGCCAACCUGAGGGCAACUCCUUCGUGGGUAGCACAAAGCCAGGAUUUUGCCCCUUGUCAAAUGUAGUCUUGCAGCAGGUUUGUGAUCGUUCGUGUGUUUCGGACAGCGACUGCAGUGGGCCUACAAAGUGCUGCAAAGUUGGUUGCAGCUAUCGAUGUGUCGAGCCGAACACUUCGUUGCCAGUCAUUAAAGACCAAAAGUACGGUCUUUGCCCGUUCUUGACCGACGUGUCUCAGAGAAGCUGCAUAGCUAGCCGUCCCUCUUCUCAGUGCAGCACAGACUUCGACUGUCCCGGAAUAAAAAAGUGCUGUUCUGAUGGAUGCACUAAUGUUUGCUUAUAUGCACAGGUGACAUCCGGUUGUCUGCAUCAACGAGCUGCCAUCGAGACCAUAUUGUCAUCUUCUGGCACUCUGCCUCAAAAUCAGCUGUUCGUUCCGGAAUGUGAUAAGGACGGCAAAUUCACAAAUGUACAGUGCAACGUUCAAAGAUGUUGGUGCGUCGACGAGCGCGGUGUAGAGAUCCCCGGGACCCGGAAGCCAUCUGGAAGUGAUCCAGACUGCUACCAUCCUCGCAUAUGUGCCAGGCUCAACUGCCAAAUGCAAUGUCCGUUUGGCGUCACUUUAGAUGACGACGGCUGCCAGAUUUGCAAAUGCCAUGAUCCGUGUCAUGUAAAUAUCAGGAAACUAAAACUGCGAUGCAGUAUUUGUUUGCAGGUCAUAAAGUGUCCGUAUGAAUUUCAAAUAUGUCGAUUGGUGCAGGUCGAAUGUUUAUUGGAGCCAUGUCUUCCGGUUCCAAAAUGUAAGAAUACAAUUAUAUGCAGCAAUAAAAAGCAUUUGCUUGAAGGUUUACUUAACACCUGUCCUAAAGGAGAACCGUUCCGAGAUCCGACUUCUUGGCUAGCGGUAAAAUGUGAUCCAAAAGUUUAUGAAAGUUGUCCGCCGAAUCACUUUUGUCAUCUGGCUGGUUAUCAGAGCUACCUUGGUGACUGCUGUAGUUUGCAAGGUAAUGAUAACAGUACUUUUUUCAGCAGUCCUUUGUGCAACGGAUUUCGUUCGCCUCAAAUAGGUACUCAGCGAUUGAUUAAGCAGGAUGGCACAUGUCCUGUCUUUCAAGCAGCCUCAACUGACAAGAAAUUGUGCACCAUCGAGUGUCGUUCAGAUUACGACUGCGCUGGAAAUGGCAAAUGCUGCUUCAACGGCUGCGGCAUGAGCUGCAUUUACAACGAAGCGCUUACAAACAGGAUAUUGAAUAAAAUUGGCCAGUGCCCGAAACCAUUAACAAUACACUUGAAGAAGCCACAGUCGUCAUGCUCAUCGUCAUGCGCUUCGGAUCAGGAUUGCGCCGGAUCACAGAAAUGCUGCAAAUCUUCUUGCGGUGCUCAAUGUGCCUAUCCUGAAAUUGCUACAGGCUGCUUGCAUCAGCGUGCCACCUUUGAAUUGCUAAAAGACGAAUCGCCAUACAACCAAUUGGACCUGCCAACGUGCGAUAUAGACGGAAUGUUUGAGGCGAUUCAGUGCAAUAAAAACCAUUGUUUCUGUGUGAACGAAAAAGGCUGGGAAGUUCCUGGAACUCGAACAGAACUCAGAAGGGCACCGCCGAACUGUCGCCAACCAAGGUCCUGUCCGAAGUGGUCUUGCUCGAAAGAAUGCCUUGCCGGCUACACGCUGAACGACGAUGGAUGUCCGCUUUGCGAGUGCACGGAUCCAUGCGGCAAAAUACGUUGUGGCCGUUCGUCUGACGUUUGCGUCGCUGCCAAACUAUCCUGCACUGACGAUUGUCCGCCGUUGCCAUUAUGCAUCGCUAAUCCAUGUUCGACAGGAAUUCCAUUGCGAACUACUGAAAGCGAGUUGAUUUUGUGCAACUCUUCCUCGCACUGCCCCUCGCCUUACUGGUGUCACGAAAUUGGCCUGCUCGACCAGGGAGUCUGCUGUCCCGGCAGCCAAGUCUCGUCAAGAACCGGCAGAUGUCCUAAAUCACCGUACAAAUUCGACGACCUGUCCACAGAUGCCACUCAGACCUGCACGGCAGAUGAACAUUGUCCUAAUGCUACAGAGAAAUGCUGUUUCGGAGGAAAUCGCAUGCUCUGUCUAAGUAUGGAUUUCAUUCUUUAUUCUAGGUCGAGUUUAAACAGUGCAACCGUUUUCUCAAGGUUCUUCCAUGAAUAGCA